ACCUGUGGAUAUAAACAAGCUGAAGAUGAUGACUUCAACUGGGAGCAGGUGAACACCUUGACCAAACCAACUUUUGAUCCAUGGAUGCCAUCAGGUUCUUUCAUGUUGGUGAACACAUCUGGGAGAUCUGAGGGGCAGAGAACCCAGCUCCUCUUACCACAGCUUAAAGAAAAUGAUACUCACUGCAUUGAUUUUCACUAUUUUAUAUCCAGCAAGAGUAAUUCUGCUCCUGGGUUACUCAAUGUCUACGUGAAGGUCAAUAAUGGGCCUUUGGGGAAUCCUAUCUGGAAUAUAUCUGGAGACCCAACACGUACAUGGAACAGGGCAGAACUGGCCAUUAGUACUUUUUGGCCCAACUUCUAUCAGGUGAUUUUUGAAGUAAUAACUUCUGGACAUCAAGGCUACCUUGCUAUUGAUGAAGUGAAGGUGUUAGGACAUCCAUGUACCAGGACCCCCCACUUCCUGCGAAUUCAGAACGUGGAAGUGAAUGCUGGCCAGUUUGCCACCUUCCAGUGCAAUGCCAUCGGCAAGACCAUGGCAGGGGACAGGCUCUGGCUGCAGGGUAUUGAUGUACGAGAUGCUCCUCUAAAGGAAAUAAAGGUGACCAGUCCCCGGCGAUUCAUAGCUUCAUUUAAUGUCGUAAAUACGACAAAACGAGAUGCCGGGAAGUACCGCUGCAUGAUUCGCACGGAAGGAGGUGUUGGGAUAUCAAACUAUGCAGAGUUGGUAGUUAAAGAACCACCUGUACCAAUCGCCCCCCCUCAGCUGGCCUCAGUGGGGGCGACCUAUCUGUGGAUACAACUCAAUGCCAACUCCAUCAACGGGGACGGACCCAUUGUCGCCCGAGAGGUGGAAUAUUGCACAGCAAGUGGGAGCUGGAAUGACCGGCAGCCAGUGGAUUCCACGAGUUAUAAGAUUGGGCACCUCGAUCCAGAUACAGAGUACGAGAUCAGUGUGCUCCUCACCAGGCCAGGGGAGGGCGGCACUGGAUCUCCUGGGCCAGCCCUCAGAACAAGAACGAAGUGUGCGGAUCCAAUGCGGGGGCCAAGAAAACUGGAAGUAGUAGAAGUCAAAUCUCGACAAAUCACUAUCCGCUGGGAGCCAUUUGGCUAUAAUGUAACUCGUUGCCAUAGUUACAAUCUCACAGUCCACUACUGUUACCAAGUUGGAGGACAGGAACAGGUGCGAGAAGAAGUGAGCUGGGACACAGAUAAUUCACACCCUCAACAUACGAUCACUAACCUCUCACCGUAUACCAAUGUUAGUGUGAAACUCAUCCUCAUGAAUCCUGAGGGGAGGAAGGAAAGUCAAGAACUGAUAGUACAGACGGAUGAAGAUCUGCCAGGUGCUGUUCCUACUGAAUCCAUUCAAGGAAGCACCUUUGAAGAGAAGAUAUUUCUUCAGUGGCGAGAACCAAUUCAAACAUAUGGUGUCAUCACUUUAUAUGAGAUCACCUACAAAGCAGUCAGUUCCUUUGACCCAGAAAUAGACUUAUCUAAUCAAAGUGGAAGAGUUUCAAAACUGGGAAAUGAAACCCACUUUCUGUUUUUUGGACUGUACCCGGGGACAACAUACUCCUUUACCAUCCGAGCCAGCACAGCUAAGGGGUUUGGACCUCCAGCAACAAAUCAGUUCACCACCAAAAUAUCAGCACCCUCUAUGCCGACUUAUGAACUUGAGACCCCUUUGAAUCAGACUGACAAUACAGUGACAGUCAUGCUGAAGCCUGCACACAGCCGAGGCGCACCUGUCAGUGUCUACCAAAUAGUUGUUGAGGAAGAAAGUCCUCGAAGAACAAAAAAGACAACAGAAAUCUUGAAGUGCUACCCAGUGCCAAUACACUUCCAGAAUGCUUCCAUCCUGAACUCACAGUACUACUUCGCUGCCGAAUUCCCAGCAAACAGCCUGCAGGCGGCUCAGCCUUUUACUGUCGGUGAUAACAAGACAUACAAUGGAUACUGGAACACUCCCCUUCUCCCUCAUAAAAGCUACAGAAUUUAUUUUCAAGCCGCUAGUAGAGCCAAUGGGGAAACCAAAAUAGACUGUGUUCGAGUGGCCACAAAAGCUGCGAUAAUCGUGACUCAGCUUACAACACCUUACAUUCGCAUCGCCCCUGCCGCAGGCGACGACCAACUGACAGGAGCUGCUACUCCAAAACCCGUCCCAGAACCUGAGAAACAAACAGAUCAUACAGUUAAAAUUGCUGGAGUCCUUGCUGGCAUCUUGCUGUUCGUUAUUAUAUUUCUUGGAGUUGUGUUGGUGAUGAAGAAAAGGAAACUAGCCAAGAAGCGGAAGGAGACAAUGAGCAGCACCCGGCAGGAGAUGACUGUGAUGGUGAACUCCAUGGACAAGAGCUACGCCGAGCAAGGCACAAACUGUGACGAGGCGUUCUCAUUCAUGGACACGCACAAUCUGAAUGGCAGAUACGAAACCCACACGAUGGCCAGUGACACCAGCAGUCUAGUGCAGUCCCACACAUACAAGAAGCGCGAGCCAGCUGACGUGCCCUACCAGACCGGGCAGCUUCACCCUGCCAUCCGAGUGGCAGACCUGCUUCAACACAUCACGCAGAUGAAGUGUGCCGAGGGCUACGGCUUCAAGGAGGAAUACGAGAGCUUCUUUGAAGGGCAGUCUGCACCAUGGGACUCUGCUAAGAAAGAUGAGAACAGAAUGAAGAACAGAUAUGGGAAUAUCAUUGCGUAUGACCAUUCGCGUGUGAGGCUGCAGACCAUAGAAGGAGACUCCAACUCAGACUACAUCAAUGGGAAUUAUAUCGAUGGCUAUCAUCGACCCAAUCAUUAUAUUGCUACCCAAGGACCAAUGCAAGAGACCAUCUAUGACUUCUGGAGGAUGGUGUGGCACGAAAACACCGCAAGCAUAGUAAUGGUGACCAACCUUGUGGAAGUGGGGAGGGUCAAAUGCUGCAAAUACUGGCCAGACGACACAGAGAUAUAUAAAGACAUUAAAGUUACCCUAAUAGAAACAGAACUACUGGCAGAAUAUGUGAUAAGAACAUUUGCUGUUGAAAAGGGAGGGGCCGGAAGUGAAGCAAACGGCAGUCCAUCCAGAGAAGUGUCACAGAGGGGCAUUCAUGAAAUCCGAGAGAUCAGACAGUUCCACUUCACUGGCUGGCCGGAUCAUGGGGUCCCUUACCAUGCCACAGGACUGCUGGGAUUCGUCCGGCAGGUCAAAUCCAAGAGCCCACCCAACGCAGGCCCAUUGGUGGUGCACUGCAGUGCUGGUGCCGGGAGGACUGGCUGCUUCAUCGUUAUUGACAUCAUGUUGGACAUGGCGGAACGGGAAGGGGUGGUGGACAUCUACAACUGUGUCAGGGAGCUGCGGUCACGGAGAGUGAACAUGGUGCAGACAGAGGAACAAUACGUGUUUAUCCAUGAUGCCAUCCUAGAAGCCUGUCUUUGCGGAGACACCUCCAUCCCUGCCUCCCAAGUUAGGUCUCUGUAUUAUGACAUGAACAAACUGGAUCCACAGACAAAUUCAAGCCAGAUUAAAGAGGAAUUUCGGACCCUGAACAUGGUAACGCCAACGCUGCGUGUGGAAGACUGUAGCAUUGCACUCCUGCCCCGCAACCAUGAGAAGAACCGCUGCAUGGACAUCCUGCCCCCAGACCGCUGCCUGCCUUUCCUCAUCACCAUCGACGGGGAGAGCAGCAACUACAUCAACGCCGCCCUCAUGGACAGCUAUAAACAGCCUUCAGCUUUUAUAGUCACGCAGCAUCCUUUGCCAAACACAGUGAAAGACUUCUGGAGACUGGUCCUGGAUUACCACUGCACAUCUGUAGUUAUGCUGAAUGACGUAGAUCCGGCCCAGUUGUGUCCACAGUAUUGGCCAGAGAACGGAGUUCACAGACAUGGCCCCAUCCAGGUAGAAUUUGUUUCUGCUGAUUUGGAAGAAGACAUCAUCAGCCGGAUAUUCCGUAUUUACAAUGCAUCCAGACCCCAGGACGGGUACCGGAUGGUGCAGCAGUUCCAGUUCCUGGGCUGGCCGAUGUACAGGGACACACCAGUGUCCAAGCGCUCCUUCUUGAAGCUCAUUCGCCAGGUGGACAAGUGGCAGGAGGAAUACAACGGCGGGGAAGGCCGCACGGUCGUGCACUGCUUGAACGGGGGCGGGCGCAGUGGCACCUUCUGCGCCCUCAGCAUCGUGUGCGAGAUGCUGCGGCACCAGCGGACGGUGGACGUCUUCCAUGCGGUGAAGACGCUGCGGAACAACAAGCCCAACAUGGUGGACCUGCUGGAUCAGUACAAGUUCUGCUAUGAGGUGGCCCUGGAAUACUUGAGUUCCGGCUGACGACACCACACUCCACGAACAAGCCCUUUCAUCCCGAAAAGCCAAGAUGUUCCCUGGGUUUGUGUAGAUGAGGUCGAGACUUCCCAAUAUGCUUAUUUUGCUUUGCAUAAUGGGCUCUUUUUAAGAGCCCAGGAAAGUACGUAGAAAACUGCUUGCACUGCCCAGUUCCCAGCAAUGCUGCUGCCCGUCGGAAGCGCCGCGGCACACGUGGCGCUGUGCUGCGGCCUCGGCUGCUCAGAGCAGGGGAGAUGCCUGGGCGACUCAAGAGCACAAUUAUAUUCUUAUGAAGGAAUUUGUACCUUUGGGGUAUUAUUUUGUGGCCCGUGAACCUUUGUUAUUGUUACAAUCGAGUGUACAUUUUUGUUCUGUGGAGAAUGCUACCUGGCAUUAUGAUAAUAUAUUAUUUUAGUUAAUAUUUGUAUUUUAACAUGUUGCAUAAUAUAAGCUUAUGUAGCUUUCCAAGACUAACAGAUAAACAUACAAUGAACAGAGAUAUGUUGUAGGAGUUGUUGUUUCUAUCAGAUUUGUAUCGUUUCCACGGGGAAAGCUUGGGAGGAGUUCAGUUCAAAAAUGCAAAUCUCAACGAUCGGAUCCAUGGAUCGAAAGCUUUUCCUUCUGUUUAUAUUGUAAAUAUUUUUGAUUUCAUCAAAAAUUAUUUAUUCAUUAAAAGAAAUUUUUGUGAA